CGGAUACGUAUAAAGUUAGGAUUUAUUCUCUGUUCCUUGGAUGUACUUUAUAUAGAAAUGAAACAUAUUUAACAGACAAGUGAUAUCCCCGCUCAUUUGAAAUAUUCGUUCAGUCACAUUAAGUUUCGUUCAACUCAAGUCAUUAUGGGAUUACGCAUAUUUGGCACGCCACUUUACGCAUAUGCAUGCGCUUAUUUAUUUGUUUUCAUACUGCAAGCUGCCCACUCUCAGAGGAAUCCCGAGACACGGCAAGGAAAUAACCAGAGAACGCCUCUCCGGCAGACACUACAGUGGGCACACAAUGGCAAGAUUUUUAGUAUUUUAAGUCAUGGCUCGGAGUAUCAGCCACCGAGGCAGAGGGGCGCACAGGAGCAAGUGCAAGCAGGACCUGUCACCAUCAUUCGCGAUGGAGACGUGAACAGGGAGGCGAGGAGACCCUCGGACACCUCCGGCCAGGCUGCGUCCAGCGCCGGCAGCUCCCGCUGGGUGCCACCUCAGGCCCAAAGGCAUCUGAGGCAUCAGCACGGCCAUCCAGGUGGCCACGCAGAGGCGCAGAGGAACAGCACGACGAAUGAGACCCAGGAUGGAGCCCCGGUCAGGAGAGAGGACAUGAUGGUUGGUGAUGAUCCUUAUGACCCAUACAAGUCCACUGACAGAGAUAAUCCUUACUACAAUUACUACGAUGUUUAUGAGAGACCCAGGCCCAGGCCCAGACCGGGCUAUGGCACAAGCUACCACCAGUACGGUCUACCUGAUCUUGUGCCAGACCCAUACUACAUCCAGGCCUCCGCCUACGUGCAGAGAGUCCCAAUGUACAACCUCAGAUGUGCAGCCGAAGAAAACUGUUUGUCAAGUUCAGCCUACAGGUCAAGUGUCAGGGACUAUGACACCCGCAUGCUGCUGAGGUUCCCUCAGAGAGUCAAGAACCAGGGCACAGCCGACUUCCUGCCCAGCAGACCACGCUACUCAUGGGAAUGGCACAGCUGUCACCAGCAUUUCCACAGCAUGGACGAGUUCAGCCACUACGACCUGCUGGAUUCCAGCUCACAGAGGACGGUGGCAGAGGGCCACAAGGCCAGCUUCUGCCUGGAAGACACUUCCUGUGACUACGGCUACUACAGGCGGUUUGCCUGCACUGCACACACCCAGGGGCUGAGUCCAGGAUGUUAUGAUACCUACAAUGCAGACAUUGACUGCCAGUGGAUCGACAUCACAGAUGUGAAACCUGGAAACUAUGUCCUCAAGAUCAGUGUAAACCCCAGCUAUCAGGUGCCGGAGUCAGACUACAGCAACAACGUGGUGCGCUGUGAGGUCCGCUACACUGGCAACUAUGCCUACGUGUCAGGUUGUCACAUGUCACCAUAUUAAGAAAUGACAGUCAUUCACAGCACCGCUACGGAGCAGCUCUGUAAAUGACAGUGACGAGGACUGCAUACUUAUA